AUGGGUGGCCUAUCUGCACGAGGGAAUGCUUUUGUUACACGGAAACCAGCCUUCCUCGACGUCUUGAGCAAUCUGUGGGAUCCAAAGUCCAAUCCAGAUGGAAUUGUCAAUCUCGGUCUUGCUGAGAAUACACUCAUGCACGAUGAAAUGGAGCGAUUCAUCAACACAAAUUCACAAAUCAAUGCACACGCAUUAACAUACGGAGAUGGCUUCAGCGGCUCCCUCCGUCUCAAAAAAGCCAUUUGCCAUUUCCUCAACACCCGAUUCUCUCCCAUCACUGCCCUCUCUCCGUCUCAUCUGACCAUCACCUCCGGCGUCAGCAAUGCACUCGAGUGCUGCGCCUGGGCUUUAGCUGACAUUGGCGACUGCUUUCUCGUUGGACGUCCGUAUUUCAAUGCAUUCAAGACGACAUUUGGGACUCGACCAGGAGUUAACCUCGUCGAGGUGGCGUUUGCAGAAACCGACCCAUUUAGCAUGGCUGCGGUGCAUAUGUAUGAGAAGGCAUAUACGGAAGCAAUCAGCAAAGGGCUUCGCGUCAAAGCACUUCUCUUGUGUUCGCCACAUAAUCCACUGGGACGCUGCUACCCCGCAAACAUCCUCAGAGAGUAUAUGAAGUUCUGUGCCAGAAAUGGGCUCCAUCUGAUCUGCGAUGAGAUCUAUGCUCUGUCCGUCUGGGAUAAUCCCCGUCUACCUGAUGCCCCGGGGUUUACGUCGAUUCUGGCUAUGGAUGCUGCGGACGUGAUGGAUCCCAGCAGAGUUCAUGUUGUAUGGGGGUUGAGUAAGGACUUUGGCGCAACGGGAUUGAGAAUAGGUUGUCUGGUUAGCCAGGCAAAUAAGCAUAUUUUGGAUGCUGCGGAUGGUAUUUCUCUAUACAACUUCCCCUCCAGCCUCGCAGAUCAGCUGGCUACAUCCCUCCUUUUCAACGACGAUUUCACAUCAUCCUACAUAACCACCAAUAGGUCCCGCCUGGCAGACAGCUACCAUUUCGCAACGGAUUUCCUCCGCCGUCAUGAUAUCCCCUAUGUCGAGUGUAAUGCGGCAUUCUUCGUUUGGAUGAACCUUGGGGUGAAAAUGAAAGAUUGCACAACUACUGAUGCGGAUAUACUAGCACGGCUGAGAAAAGAAAAAGUGUAUAUCGCCCCUGGGUCGGUGUAUGGUGCUGAAGAGUCAGGGUGGUUUCGGAUGGUGUUUGCGCAUCCGCGAAGUGUGUUGGAGGAGGGGUUGAGGAGGAUGGUGAAGGCUGUUGAGGCGUAG